AUGGUCCACCCGGCCCAUAAGACUAGCCAUAAAUACACUAACCUACCAACAAGUACUAGAACUAGCAAAACAACGACGGUAGAAAUCUACACCGAUGGCUCCAAAACAGACAAUGGCAUGGGAGCUGCAUUCUGUGUUUACCACAACAACCAACAUACAGAUACAUACAAAUUUACGCUAAAACAAGAAAGCACAGUGUUUCAAGCAGAGGUUUUAGCCAUCAAAGAAGCCACCAAUUGGUUAGAGACGCACAGCUGCAAAGAUGCAACAAUUUUAAAAAACAAUCUGGCUAGUAUACACGCUAUUAGAAAAACGGAACUAAAAGACCUACACGUGGCAACAACACAAAGACAACUAGAACACCUAGUCAGAAAAUGCAGCACACAAAUACACUGGGUGGCAGCGCACACAGGUAACAUAGGUAAUGAAGCAGCGGAUUUAGCGGCUAAAGAUGCAGCAGCAGGUCACGGGAUUCCCAGCGGUGUUCUGCUUCCACCAUCGAGCCUAAGAAAUAAACAUAAAAACAUGACACAAAAACUUCGGCAAGCAUACUGGGAAGAAAGUGAAAAAGGCUAUACAACAAAAUUCCCCUCAUUCUUACACAGGAUGCAGCGAAUAAACACAGAUACAUGCCCAUGCGAUGACACAGGUACCCCAAGUCACUACCUACAUGAUUGCCCACUAAUUGAAUCGUACCACCUCAAAAAACCCAAUGAACAAGGCAGAAAGAUAUUUGCAGACAGUUUCAAAAGCAAGCAUAUUAUGCAAAAACUAAUUAACAUUCUAGCCAUAACCAGGAACAUCACAGACAAUAUGUCAUAA